AUGGAUUCUUCUCCUUUGAGAUCAAAAUCGAACUACCACGCUCGUUCUGUCAGCUUGCCCUCUAUACUUCACCCGCUUAUUCCUCAUAUCGAUGAGCAUUUGAAUCUUGACGGACUUCAAAAUAUGUUUGACCGUUUGGACGAUUUGCUUCUAUUGCCACACACUCAACAAGCCUUUUCCCAACAACAAGAGGAGACCUAUGUUGAAGAGGUUUUGGAAAAGUACCUCAGGCUCUUGGAUAUUUGUGCUGCUGCUAAAGAUGUGUCCACCCAAACAAAGCAAGAUGUACAAAACCUUCUUUCCAUCUUCAGGAGAAGAAGAGAUACAUAUGGCUUUGCUGGGUACUUAACUUCUAGAAAGAAGGCAAAGAAGGAGAUCCAAAAGUCUCUAAAGGAGUUGAAGAGCAUCAAAAGCAAGACUAUCGAAAUAGCUUCCGACAAAAGCCAUGGUAUUUUCGAGAUCCUUAGGUUGUUAAAUCAGGUUGAAGCAGCCGUGAUUGGGGUGUUUGAGUCUUUGUUGUCUCAUAUUGCGGGGACAAAGGUUGAAUCAAGGGUGAGUGGAUUUUCUUUAGUUUCAAAAUUGGUGCGCAGGACGAGCGUUGCAUCCAAAGAGGAUGAAACAAACACCAAGGCAUUUGAGAACUUUGAUGCUGCAUUGCGCUCACUCAACAGCCACAAGACAAUCAAGACUGAUGGUGUAAUAGACCUGGAGAUUGUACAAAAUCAGUUAGGAGUAAUAGAAUUGAGGAUACAAGAUAUGGAAGAAGGACUAGAAUGCUUGUUCAGGAGGUUAAUCAAAACGAGAGUUUCCCUCCUCAACAUUCUCAACCACUAG